AUGGGAGACUUCUUCAAGAAAAUUCAACUUACUUGGAUCAGUAACAGCAGUAGCAGUGACAGUGACAGCGACAGCGAGGACCUGCCAUCGUUGGAUAUCUCAUCUCUGGAACGCCAGGCCCGAGAGAGUACCGCAACUAGAAGCACUAGUAGCAAUAUCGUCAAAAGUGAGGGCUACAGCAUCACUUGGGCUUUAUGGGUGAGCACGUUUCGUCGAUCACGCGAAGAUGAUCUCCUGUCUGACCACGACAUCGACGGCGUUGUCGAGUGCCACAUGACCGUGCCCAAAGCUGAAGACAAGUGUAUACCUAAGACGCUUUCAGAAUAUUUUCGGUAUUGGCAAGAAGCUGAAAGAGAUCAAAGGGAGGAUGUUCCGUUUGUGGUGCCUGAUAGUGAAGGUGAAGAGGACGAGGAUGACUACUAUGACUACGACGAAGAGUCGCAAUUUGACAUACCAAGAACAUCAUCACUAACGCAUUUCUCCUACAAGGAGAAACCAGGGCUGUAUCUGCACGCCACUAUUUGGGUUAUUUUUAAAAAUCGAGGGAUGCAAAGAUUCUCUGACAAUCAGGGAAGCUGUAACUCAGGUACCAGUUAG